AUGUCGGGUCAAAGUACAGAUGCUCGCUCGAGACCUUACAUGGUCGUCGACGUCUUCACUGCACGUGCCACUGUCGGCAAUCCGGUAGCAGUGGUGCUGGAUGGAUCAGGGCUGGAUGUGGAAACGAUGCAACAGUAUGCUCGCUGGACCAACUUGAGCGAGACCGUCAGUUGUUCGGUGCUUGCCCAAAUUUUAAGUUCAAGAGCUCUGACCAUACGCUGCGAUCAUGCGCAGACUUUCAUCUUGCCGCCUACAGACCCAGCGAAUGCGGACUACAAGCUCAAGAUAUUCACUCCUCAACGCCAGCUUCCUUUCGCCGGGCAUCCCACCCGUGAGUGGAGCAGCAUAUCUCCUGGCCGCCUUUGCAUGGCUUUGAUUCUGUCAGUCACUCAUCGCACCUGUUGUGCGCAGUGGGUUCAUGCCGAGCGUGGCUAGCUAGCGGAGGUGUACCUCGCGCUGGAAGCGCGCCAGAAGAAAUCAUUCAAGAGUGCGAUGUCGGGCUCGUCAAGAUUAAGCGAUCCUCGGUCAAGUCCUCGUCCGGCGCGGAUAAUCAGAGCGCCGAGAGCGGUAGACUGAGCUUCCUCGCUCCGCCUUUCAUCAGAGAAGGACCGAUGAGUAGUGAAGAGCUUGCAUUCAAGUGUUCAGGCCUUGAUAUCAAUCCUUCGGACGUGUUGCUUGCACGAUGGAUAGACAACGGACCAGGAUGGUGCGGUUUGAUACUCAAAGAUGCGAAGGCGGUGCUAAACAUCAACUUCAACGGCAAGCCCAUUGCAAAUGUCGGUGUGAUCGGUCCUUACAAAGAAGCGGCUGACAAGGUGUAUGCGAAAGCUGGCAAGGCUGGAAAAGUGGUGUACGAAGAGGCACCCCACGAAGCCGCUAUGUCUUCUGAAGCCGGCACCAAACCGAGCUUUGAGAUGCGCGUCUGGGCAUCGCACCCUGGCGAACAGUGGUUUGAAGACCCAACAACUGGCAGGUGAGCCGUGAGACACCACCAUCGCAACAGCUCAUACUUGACUCAUGUCCUCUGUUCCACACGUCUUUGUACAGCUUCAAUGCGGGCGCGGCGCAAUGGCUCAUCAGCGAAGGGCUGGCCGAAUCGAGCUACGUUGCUGCUCAAGGUCGCAAAAGGCGCCGUGAUGGGCGCGUGUACAUUUCGAGCAAUGCGAGCAGCAGCAGGCUGGGUGGGUCUGCUGGAAUAGACGUCUGGGUAGGUGGGGAUCAAGCGAUCCCUGUCAAAGGUACCGUUAUCCUGUAA